AGCGGAAGUAUCUUCUGCGCAUGCGGUAGUAUCGGUGGCCAACUAUGGCUGGCGAGUCGAAGAACAUAUCUGAAGCCGAAGAAGAAAAGUCUGCAGGACGUAAGAAACUUGAAGGAUGGUUAAAUAAAACCAUGAGGAUAAGAAUGACUGAUGGUCGAACGCUUGUUGGGGUAUUUCUCUGCACAGACAAGGAUAAGAAUGUCAUCUUGGGGUCUUGUCAGGAAUACUUAAAACUUCCAGAGAGUGGCGAACAAGAAGAUCCACGGGUCCUGGGUCUUGCUAUGGUGCCAGGGCGCCAUUUGGUGUCAAUAGAAGUGGACCAGCAGCCUGAGAUCAUGUGACCAUCACCAUGACAAUAGAGAGGGACAUUUAAAGAAGUGCUCAGGGAUAAGAUUAUUUGAAGGAUUCUUUGACUUCAGGGAAUUUUAUUUCUCUGUUACCCAUUGUGCCAAAAACAGUUUAUCUACUGUCCCUUUCAAUCACCAGGGUCUUGGAAUCUAAGCAGAAAUAUUGAACAGUAGUUAAACAUGUUUAUAUCAUUUAUGGCAUUGGCAUGGUCAUUGUUAGGAGAGAACUGUCACUUCUCUGCAAGUAAUGAUUCUGAAAAUUCGCUGAUUUCAGUGAAUUUUAAUUUUUAGAAAAUUUGGAUUCCUGACUGGAAUUGACGUGGGAUCUUAGAAUUGAUGAGAUGUCACAAAUGACUGGAUUGAAUAAGAACUGAAUGUGGAUUAAGAGCUAGCGGAACUCCUAUGUAAGAAAUUUGAAACACAAAAUAGGGUUGUAGAUCCAGAUUUCUUCAACAGAUUUAGUUAUGGUAUACAUAAUACAUGGCAAUUGAAGUAUGUAGUUGACACUACAAGAAAACUUAAUUUUUUUGCCUUAAACUUUUAAAGAGGAGUGCAAGAAGUGAAGCUGCUUACAUAACUAUACCUAUGGCAUUUCAAUUGAUUUUGAAGUUAAAACUAACUAGUGAAUUUGACCUGGUGGUAUUGCUCAUAUAUUGAUUGUACCACUAUAAAACCAACAUUGAGCCCAAUUAUAAAAGUGUAAUAAAACACCACUUGAUAAAAUUCUGUAAUUGUUGCAAUAG